AUGAGCGAAGGGCUUCUCUUAAAAAUAAAAGAUGUAGUAACUCUCAAAGCAAAACUCAAUGAGAUAAUGGAUAAAAUUAUUUCAACUUCAUCUAUGGAGUAAAAAGACAAAUAAUAAAGGAAAAAAGUGCAUGAUUCAAUCAUAAGUGGAGCAUAAAAGCUAAUGCUGCACCUAAAGACAUCUUUUCUGGGGGCUUCAACUUUUUCAAGGAUUGCAAAAAGUGUAAGCGGGCAUGAUAUUGACGAUGAAAUUGAAGCUUUAUCAAUUACUAAUAAUCCUUACUAACUGGGGCAGCAUAUUCCUAUUUAAUAAAUCAGAUCUAACCUUGAUUUUGUGAAUAUUAGUCAUAAUCAAGUGAUAGCUAAUUAGAAAUUGGAAUAAAAUCAAUUUCAACAAGUCUAGUCACUUUCAAUUAUCAAGUCUAAAAUGCUCAAACCAUAGCCUAAACUUGAUGCUCAUGGAGCUCUUGAUUAGAUCGAUAGACUGAGUAAUGAAUUGAGAUGUGUCGAGGAAAGACUAAUAUCUAACUAUGAGUAGAAGGAAAAAUUACUAAGCCAAAAGCUUCACUCUAUCAUAAAUGAGCAAUCUGAUCUAAAAUAUAUAAUCUAAAGUUAACAUGAAGAUCUUUAAAUUAUCCUUAUUAAUUAAAACUAAGAGGAUCAAUGA